AUGAUCAUCUCCCGAGAUAUCCGCUUCACUGAUGAACAACAGCACCAACUGCAGGUAUGUACACUGUGCAGAUCUUCCUGUCAGUCACAUUUGGCUUCCAUCUGCAAACUGGUUUUCUCCUCAAGCCACCUCCGUAUUGACUCAGCUGAUUGCUUGUCACUGUAG